AUGGAUACAAAACACCAACCUACCGUUGAGCCGACGGACGAGAAACCCGUGGCUGUGGCGCACUUGGAAGACAAGAGUGAGCUUGGUCCCGAUAAGCAUGCUGGCGCGGUGGACUAUACCGGCGCGGAGGCGAAGACAGAUCCGGAAGAGAUUGCACUUGUACGGAAGAUCGACUGGAGACUGAUGCCGACGUUAUGCGUCAUGUACUUUCUGAACUACGUUGACCGCAAUGCUAUUGCGCAAGCACGUCUGAACAAUCUAGAAGAGGACUUGGGAAUGUCUGGAGUUGAGUUCAACACUUGCGUUAGCAUUCUCUUCGUGGGCUACGUCUUGAUGCAGAUCCCGUCGAAUAUGCUCAUCACGAGGAUAAGACCUGGUAUUUAUAUGAGUACGUGGAUGUUUGUCUGGGCCAUUGUAUCAGCUUGCACAGCGCUGGUGCAGAACUUUGGCGGACUGGUCGCAUGCCGGUUCUUCCUGGGUAUCACUGAGGCGCCCUUCUAUCCUGGAGCUACGUACAUGCUUUCCAUCUUCUACACGCGGAAGGAAGUCGCAACACGUAUUGCGCUGCUUUACUGCGCGCAAAUCCUGGCUACUGGGUUUAGUGGCUUGAUUGCUGCUGGCGUGUUCCAGCUAGAUGGUGCAAGGGGCAUUGCAGGAUGGCGUUGGCUGUUCAUUAUUGAAGGAGCGGCGACGGCGUUGGUGGCCAUCUGGGGAUUCUUCAUGCUACCCAACACUCCAUUGACUACCAGUUGGUUGAACCCUAGAGAACGCGAACUUGCCCAUGCGCGCAUGGAGCGCGACCGCGUUGGCGACUCCACAGAACCCGUCAGUAUGAUGGAGGGACUGAGACAGGCGUGUCGCGACAAGAGAACUUGGUUAUUCUGUCUCAUGCAGAACUUCCAUCUCAGUGCUUGCUCGUUCAACUCCUUUUUCCCAACCGUGGUCAAGACUCUCGGCUUCAGCACCACAAUCACUCUGGUGCUGACAUGUCCUCCCUUCCUGCUUGCCGGCGCAGCAGGUAUCGCUACAGGCUGGAGUUCAGGACGCUUGCAUGAACGUACCUGGCACAUCACCGGCGGACUUCUGGUCGCCAUUGUUGGAUUCGUCAUCGCUGCCAGUACCUUGAACACUGCCGGACGAUAUGUCGCGUGCUUCAUUUUCCCCAUUGGCGCCUACUCCGUCAACUCCGUCAUCAUCGGCUGGGCAUCUUCGACGCUCAGCCAGACGAAAGAGAAGAAAGCCGUCGUCCUUGCCAUGACAAAUGUCGGUGGCCAGAUUGGUUACAUCUACGGUGCGUACCUCUGGCCGGACUCUGAUAAGCCGAGGUACGGCAUUGGAUUUGGCGCAUCCGCUGCGUUUGCGCUGUGCUCGAUUGCUUGUGCGUGGGCGAUUCGCAUAAUGCUCAUCAAGGAGAAUCAGAGACUCAAGGCGUCAACGAAUGAGCGUGUCAACUUGUACGGAUACUGA